UCUCUCAAGUUCAAUAGUUUCAAAAACUUGAGCCCCUCGCAGCCCCCCUCUCUUCCCUCAUCCCACCUAAUCCCGGCUAAUACCUUUCUUUCUAUUGGCUAAUGGCUGAGGGGAGCCUGGGUAAAUGCUUCUUAAAGAGUCGUGGGUGAGAAUGGUUUCGGGAAUGAGAUGUGUGGCUCGACAAAGAGGCGCUGCUGUGUGAGGAUUUAAGGCCCAAACUGAGACCAGACCCCGGACCAGUGCUGGACCUCUGUGCGUAAAGACGCACCAGGACCUCAGCCUCUGGAGCUCAGAUUCACCAUGAACUCCUUGAAUUUCUGCGGGACAUCCAGCGGUGGAGUGUUUCCUCUCCACGGGGCCAGCUCCAUGUUGUUCGACCUGCACCAGCAGAUGGCGGAGCAGUACCACGUUUACUCUGCAGCAGGGCCCACGGUGCACACCCUGUCUGUGGCUGAGCGGCUGGCAGAGCUGAUUCUGGAGGCUCGCUAUGGGAACCAGCAGAAGCAGCGUCGCAGCCGCACAGCGUUCAGCGUGUCCCAGCUGCAGGCUCUGGAGAAAGCCUUCCAACAGACACAGUACCCAGACGUGGGCAUGAGAGAGAGGCUGGCUGUUUGCAUCAACCUGCCCGAGGCUCGUAUUCAGGUGUGGUUCAAGAACAGGAGGGCCAAGUUUCGUAAAGAUCAGAAGUGCUCGUCGCUCUCCAGGGACAACAACGGUCUGGAGGAGACCCCACACCGCAGGAAGGCUGGUCAGGAGGAAGCGAGGCCUGAUGACAAACAGGAAGUCAUCACAUCAUGCACUGACAGCCACAGCCCUCCUCCUCCUCCUCCUCGUCCUCCUCCACGUGUCCGGGAUGUUCACCCUCCUCUCACCCCUUCAGACUCUGAUAUCUCACGGUGCCCCCUCCGACUACACUCCCCUCCACUGUUCCCUUUCAUGACGGGGGAGCACUACGGCCUCCCACCUCACCAGCCGCUUGUUGGAGUGCUGUCCGCCGACCUCGCCCUCCCCCCGGUGUUCUGGCCCAUCAUACAACAGCACAGCUCGGCCCUGGGGUUGCCCCCGUCAUCGUUAACUAAAAACUGUAGCCUGUCCCUUCAGACUGCUUGUUCCAGAAAAGCUAUACCUCACCCUCACCUGGGGCUGUAACUGAUGUGGACGUAUACAACCAGAUGUUUUCUCUUCUCGUGGGACACCUGAAGAAAUCCAGUGUGGGAGACAAGAUGGAGAAGCCCCCUUCUGCCUUGUUCAUGUAAACCUGACCACAGACAGUGCAGAGACUAUGAUUUCUUAUUUAGAUUUUUUUCAUUGAAUGCCUGUCUGUCUAAAGCAAAGUAAAAUCUACAGUCUACAUAUUCUCUGACGUGAUUUUAGCAGCCAAAGUCCAAUCU